UUUCUUGUGAGAUGAGAUGAGAUGGUGGGAUUUCCCUUUCUUCAUGCGCGCAUGCGGGACGGGAUUUAUAGUCCAACCUAGCAGUGCUGGAGAGGUUACGGACUAGUUGCUUUGAUGUUGAUGUCGAAGUCGAUGAGAUGGGAUGGAUGGAUAGCUUCGACGUCUGUCCGUCUGUCGCCGUCCGCCAUCGGCCUAUGGCCUACUCUUCACCCCCAGCCCAGCCCUGAGACCUGGAGGAUGGAUGGAUGGAUGGAUGGAUGUGUAGCGUGCAGCGGGCAGUAUGUGUUGGCCACGACGCCCCUGAUCGGAAGCAGAUCGAUGGCACCGGUCAACAACGACAACGAAUCCAUAGCAAAGAUAACAAAGAUAACAAAAAGCAUAAGUUGACGACGACGACGCAGCAGCAGCAGUAGCAGCUCGAAUACACGCGAUCCCUUCCCCUCUCUCUCCCCCUCCCAGACUGCCCCUCUGAGCACUACAACGGCG